AUGACGGGAUGUAAAUGUAUGAGCGACCAAAUUGCAUGCAACAAAGGGUGCAAUACGUGCAAAAAAUGGUUCUGUGGAUGUGAGUGCUGUUCGAACGCCACAUGGAUUUGCCUUGGCGUCGCUGUUGCGGGCGCAAUCGGCUUUUUCGGCCUCUUUAUUUUGGUGCUUUAUAUCUGCUCUAAAGUCUAUAAGAUGAGCUUUGGUACAGUCAUCGACCAAAUAGACUACGCCCUCACUGGUUACAAGCCCGCAGCGUCGAAGUGUAACCUUCAAUAA